UUUUUCACUAGACGAAAGGACACUAUGACGCAUACUGUACUGUACCUGUAGCCAUAGCCACUGAUGAAAGUGAUAAAUAGAAAGAGAAACACGAGGUUUAUAUGUACAUAAAUUAGGAAGAUAUAAAAUUGUAUGUAUCAAUUAUUAAAAAAUGGAAGAAGAUAGUCAAAAAAUAGACGGAGCUGAGGAAAAUGCAAACGAAGUAACUUGGAAGGAUUUAGGAAUUGUAGAUGUAUUAUGCACAGCCUGUGAAGAUUUAAAAUGGAAAUCACCUACAAAAAUUCAACGUGAAUCUAUUCCAUUAUCGCUACAAGGUAAAGAUAUAAUAGGAUUGGCAGAAACUGGUUCUGGAAAAACUGCUGCUUUUGCACUGCCUAUAUUGCAAGCAUUAUUAGAAAGUCCUCAAAGAUACUUUGCUUUAAUUCUAACACCUACCAGAGAGUUAGCAUUUCAAAUAUCAGAACAGUUUGAAGCUUUAGGCUCAAGUAUUGGUGUAAAAUGUGCAGUAAUAGUAGGUGGAAUGGAUAUGAUGUCCCAAGCAUUAAUAUUGGCAAAGAAACCUCAUAUUUUAAUCGCCACUCCUGGGAGAUUAAUCGAUCAUUUAGAAAAUACAAAGGGCUUCAAUUUACGUUCUUUAAAAUUUUUGGUCAUGGAUGAAGCAGAUCGAAUUUUGAACAUGGAUUUCGAAGUCGAGGUGGACAAAAUUCUAAGAGUAAUUCCUCGGGAAAGAAGAACGUUAUUGUUCUCGGCAACAAUGACUAAAAAGGUUCAAAAAUUACAACGAGCGUCUUUGCGAAAUCCCGUUAAAGUGGAAGUUUCAACAAAGUAUCAAACUGUUGAGAAAUUACAACAAUAUUACAUAUUUAUUCCAGUUAAAUUUAAGGAUGUCUAUCUUGUACAUAUCUUAAAUGAACUAGCAGGUAACAGUUUUAUGAUUUUUUGUGCUACUUGUAAUAAUACAGUUAGAACUGCUCUUCUUUUACGAAACUUGGGUUUCACCGCUGUCCCGUUACAUGGACAAAUGUCGCAAAAUAAAAGAAUAGCUGCUCUUACUAAAUUCAAGGCAAAAAAUCGAUCUAUACUUAUUUCUACGGACGUUGCCAGCAGAGGUCUUGAUAUUCCUCAUGUAGAUAUUGUAAUAAAUUUUGAUAUACCUACGCACAGUAAAGACUAUAUACACAGAGUUGGACGUACCGCACGUGCAGGUCGUUCUGGUCGUUCCAUUACAUUUGUAACACAGUAUGACGUAGAGUUAUAUCAAAGAAUAGAACAAUUGAUAUCAAAGCAAUUACCCUUGUAUCCUACGCAAGAAGAGGAAGUAAUGGUACUUCAAGAAAGAGUAGCCGAAGUGCAACGUAUUGUAAAAAUGGAACUGAAAGAUAUUGAAGACAACAAAAAGUCAGGCAAAAGAAAGAAAUAUCAAGGCGAUAACGAAGACGAUGAUACAGAACAAUCCAUGGGAGUAAGGAAAAGGAUAAAGGGGAAAAGCAGAGGAAAAGGAAGAAAGGGUUAAAUAGUUCCACCACUUUAACCACCACGUUUACUCUUCCUUAAUAAAUAAUGGAAACGCAAAAUGGUAUCUGUUUUUAUUUUCAUUGUUAUUCGUUUUAUUUAUAAAUCAGACCACCAUUCCCCUCAUAUAUGUUCAUUUCAAACUCACACUUUGUAUUAAAAUCCUUAAGUAACUGUCAAUUUACAAAACCACAUUUUACUCCCUUUUGCAACUUUUUAAAUAUCUAUCUUUUAUAAAAUGACGAGAAUGGAUCUCUUUAAUGAUAACCGCCGUAUGAAUUUAUCACUAUGUGACUAAUGAAACUAAUUGGUUAUCGAGCUUUCCAAAGAAAAACCUAAAUACUUUUAUGUAAACACAGUAAAAUAAAAAUAAUCACUUAUUAUCGAAAAAAAAUCAA